AAUCGACUAAUCGACAAACGUUUGAUCCAUUAUUUAAAAAACAUUAUUGUGGUUAUUUUGUGUUGACGUUACCUUUUUUUUAAAGAAGAAUAUUUCAUCUUGAAACAUGGAAAAAUCUAAUGAUAUUAAUAAUGCUGAAUCAACAUUGAUGGUAAAAUCAAAUUAUUUUCAAUUAAAAUUUUUACCGAUCAACAUUUAUAAAUAUAAUGUUCAAAUAACACCAACAAUUCGUCAUGAAAAUGAAAUUAUUAAUGUUGUAAAAAAAUACAUUAAACAAAACGUAUUAUUAUCUGAAUGUUAUUAUGAAAAUGGUUACAUUUAUUCACGAUCGUUAAUCAUUUCCGAUCAAAUUCGUAACAAUAUUGUAAGUUUGGGAAAAGGUUUUAACAGCAAUCGAUUUACAAUAAAUUUAAAAGAAACUGGCCAGCUCAAUUCUUUAGAUAAAAGUGGAAUAAAUUUGCAAAAUUUUUUUCAUUUCUACAUGCAAAAGAGCAAAAAAUUGAUAAAUACAGGAAUUUUUGUUCAAAAUGAAUAUUCAUUUCCAAACGAUCGAAUUUCAGUUAUUGUUGGAUUUGGAUUUUCAAUCAUUCCGAUGGCCGAACCAUUAAUUCUCAUAUCAAGACAAGUAAUAACAUUUGAUGGAAAGAUUCAGAUUUACGAUUAUAAAUUGUUUUCGGAAGAAGCUGAUAAAGUUUUUUCCAAUGAAUUAAAUUGUGGCCCAGUGAAAGAAUUUGAAUUUUUUAGAAAAUGUUGUGAAGAGAUAGAAAAUUGUGUCGAAUCAUUCGGAAUUAAGAUUAAUUCGUACGAGACAAACGGAAUAUUACUUUCUCAUCCAAAAAUUAUUCCAGAUUCUCCGGAUAAACCAUUCUUCAGGAAACCAUCUAAGACAAUAAAUUUUGCCAUUCUUUGUUUUCAUCCAUUCGAUUCAGAUAAAAUGAAAGAAUUUGAAGAUUCGUUUGUUGAAAAAGCGAAAAAAUUUGGAAUGAAUUUUGAAAAAUGUUUCGAUACAAAAUUCAUUGACACUCGAAAAGAGUCGGAAAUCGCUGCAGUUUUUCAAAAUUUGAAAAUUCGUGAUAUUCAUUUUGUUUUCAUUGGACUUUCGCAACGUUCUAGGAACGAUAAUAUUUUUGAAAAGAUCAAAUAUAAGGCAGCUAGUGAUUAUGGCCUAGUCACUCAAAUAGUUUUAAUUGAAAAAUUACAAUUGAAAGAACAAAAACCAGAAUUUUAUGACAGUUUAGCAAUUACAUCUUGUUUGAAACUAGGUGGCCAACCAAAUAUAAUCGACCAGGCAUAUUGGAAUUGUUUUCCUUUUGAGCCGGAAACUACUAUGGUAGUCGGAACUUCUUUUAAAUUUUUGAAACUCAAUAAUAAUCGGAAAAAUCUCUUCUCACAUUCAAUGGUGGCAUCGAUAGAUACAGAUUUUUGUCAAAACAUUUCCAUCGAACGUUUUUCACUAAAACCAAAUGAUGAAAAACUCUUUGAAGAAUUAUUUGAAGAUUUAUUAGAGGAAUAUCAUAAAGAACAUGGCCAAUAUCCUAAAAAUAUUAUUAUAUUUCAUGGAAAAAGAUAUACCGAUUUAAAAUAUGCUGCUAAAUCGAUUGAUGAACGAAUAAAAGUGACAAGUUUUUCGAUCGAUAAAUCUUCACCUAUUCGUUUCAUCAAAAAAAAUGACGAAAAAGUUCCAAUCGGGAUUUGUGUUGACCUUAAAUUUCAACAGUCUAAUUGUUCGACAAAAGAAUUUGCUAUUUGCAGUGAAAACGAAAGCGAAGCUGUCCGAUACAAAACGACAAAAUAUACAGUCAUCAAUGAUGAUUCGGGAAUGUCUGAUAUUCAAAUCAAACGU